GGGCCACAUGGCCAAGGGUGAGGCACGGCGGGGAGGGGCAAGGUCAUGCCCACGGCCGCGGCGCCUCUGCUUCCCUCCCACCCCCGUUUCGGCAGUCGCCUGCCUGUCCCGGUCGUCCUGGGCUGGCCCCGCCCCUUCUCCCUCGUCUCCCCUCCUUUCCCGGUCUCACCCGCUCCCGGAGCCGCCGGAACCCCUUCCCCUGCGCAGCUGCGGGAGAGGCCGUUUCCCGCGAGUGCUCCCGCAGCGCAGCCUGGGACCCGGGGCCUGCUUGACCGACCUCUGGCCUGUCGCCCCUGUCCUCUGUUCCCAGCAAGUGCCUUCUGCCCCUUUAAUCCCCCGAAGCCUCCGUUUCCACAUGUUCUUGACAGGAUAGACUUUUCUGAGUCUUUUGGGGACUAUAGAUGAAACAGUGGUUCGGCCCCAAGAAGACCUCUGGGGCCGGCCCAGCCCCUCUAGGUGUUGUAAUGGCGACUCCUGCGUUGGCUCCGCGUGCACUGGAGGCCGAGGGGAAGAAGGGCCCGUGUGGGUGUCUGAGGCUGUGUCCUCCGUCUUCGGACAACACUGGAGGGGAAGAAAACUGGAAGCAUUGUUAUCUUGGUUGUGUGUGGUAUUCCUGGUUAGGGGACUAUCGUCAUCCCCACGAGGUAGCAGGGCCUAAUGAGCUAGUGUUACUCUGUUUUAUAGCCGAGAUUAAGAUCCGUGGAAAGGCCCGGCGCGGUGACUCACGCCUGUAAUCCCAGUACUUUGGGAGGCCAAGGCGGGCAGAUCACCAGGUCGGGACAUUGAGACUAUCCUGGCCAGCAUGGUGAAACCGCGUCUCUACUAAAAAUACAAAACAUUAGCCGGGCAUGGUGGCGCGUGCCUGUAGUCCAGCUACUCGGGAGGCUGAGGCAGGAGAAUUGCUUGAACCUGGCAGGCGGAGGUUGCAGUGAGCCGAGAUCGCGCCACUGCACUCCAGCCUGGGUGACAGAGCAAGACUCCGUCUCAAAAAACAAAAAAACGACCCAUGGAAGUCAAAUAUUCCACCCAGAGUCAGCCAUGAGUCAGGUGGUGAAGACCGCAUCUGGCUUUUGACACGUGGCCCACCCUCUGGCAGGGCGCCUCCCAGUCUCCCAUUCUGAGGGUGUGGACCUUGGAGGAAGCGCUCAGCGGAUGUUAUCUGUUACCAUUACUUAGUACUCUUCACUCAGAUGUAGUCUUUUUAGGUUAUUUAUGGUGGCGUGUCAUUCUGGACGGUUCAGCUUGAAUCGAUCACUCUAGAAAGGUUGUGAGCCCCUUUGCUGAGGCGUCCUUCUGUUUUCCAGGGCUGAAGAAGAUGCAGAGCAGCCUGAAGCUGGUGGACUGUAUCAUCGAGGUCCACGAUGCCCGGAUCCCACUUUCAGGCCGCAACCCUCUGUUUCAGGAAACCCUUGGGCUUAAGCCUCACUUGCUGGUCCUCAACAAGAUGGACUUGGCAGAUCUUACAGAGCAGCAGAAAAUUAUGCAACACUUAGAAGGAGAAGGCUUAAAAAAUGUCAUUUUUACCAACUGUGUAAAGGAUGAAAAUGUCAAGCAGAUCAUCCCGAUGGUCACUGAACUGAUUGGGAGAAGCUACCGCUACCACCGAAGAGAGAACCUGGAGUACUGUAUCAUGGUCAUCGGGGUCCCCAACGUGGGCAAGUCCUCCCUCAUCAACUCCCUCCGGAGGCAGCACCUCAGGAAAGGAAAAGCCACCAGGGUGGGUGGCGAGCCUGGGAUCACCAGAGCUGUGAUGUCCAAAAUUCAGGUCUCUGAGCGGCCCCUGCUGUUCCUGUUGGACACUCCUGGCGUGCUGGCUCCUCGGAUUGAAAGUGUGGAGACAGGCCUGAAGCUGGCCCUGUGUGGAACGGUGCUGGACCACCUAGUCGGGGAGGAGACCAUGGCUGACUACCUGCUGUACACCCUCAACAAACACCAGCGCUUUGGGUAUGUGCAGCACUACGGCCUGGGCAGUGCCUGUGACAACAUAGAGCGUGUGCUGAAGAGUGUGGCUGUGAAGCUGGGGAAGACGCAGAAGGUGAAGGUGCUCACGGGCACGGGUAACGUGAACGUUAUUCAGCCUAACUAUCCCGCGGCAGCCCGUGACUUCCUCCAGACCUUCCGCCGCGGGCUGCUGGGUUCCGUGAUGCUGGACCUCGACAUCCUGCGGGGCCACCCCCCGGCUGAGACUGUGCCCUGAACUUGUCCGGGUGGGGAGGGCUGGAGGCAGGUGGCCUCCCAGACCUCCUGACCUGGGUGGUUGAGGCUCAAGACAGCUCACCCGGUCCAGAAGCUCCAUGCUGGCCACUAGGGUGCUGUGCUCUCUGGCGCCCCACGGCCUGGCCAGCUCCGGGGGCCCCAGUUCCAGGGGCCAAGCAGGUGGGAGUGGACACCAGGCUUCCCAGUGGACGUCCCUGAGCAGUUCCGCAUGCUUGGUUCUCCUGGAGCUUCCUGCUCAGGCCUCUUGAGAAACGGAUGCUGUCUCAGAAGGAGUUAAAGCUAUAACUUGUAACCUUUAAAAUCUCCAAUUAAAGGGCCUGUUUCUUACUGGCCUGUGAGGUGCA